UUUUCUACAGAUAAAAUUAAACCAAAUAAUAUGAUGAAUGAAUCAAAGCACAACAUACAAUCUGUAAAAAACACAAAAAGCAUAGAAGUAGCAAAAGCAGCGCAUAACUCCCAAGGAACUAAAAAUCACGAUUUUGUAUACUCCAUAGACCUUAGAACAAAUGAUUCUGUUCGCGGUAUACCCAAUAGAAACAGUCGUCCAGAUUAUGGCGUAAAAGACGAUAAUAAGAGAACUGAGAACAUCUUAAGAGGAAAUGACAAAGCUUUUCUUCCUCGGAUUACUGUAGUUCAAGAUGAAUCAUCAUUAUUAGAACAAAAUUUACCAUUAUUGUGCACAAAAACAUGUGCAGAUUGGGAAUGGUUGUGUCCUUUAUCAUGUUCUUGCAUACAAAAAAGUGAAAGAUGUGAUAAAACAAUUCAUUGUUUGAAAGAAGAAGAUGAAAAGGAUUGCGACAAAUAUGGAGAAGAUAUUAAAAGAUUUACUGCGAAUUGUGAAGCUUCCGGUUUGCAUGUAAUGUGUCCUAAAACAUACAAAUGUAUACUAAAGCAAUGGUUAUGUGAUGGGGACAAUGAUUGCGGUAAUCAUGAAGAUGAGAGCAACUGUGGAGAUAUACAUAAGAACUGUACAAGUGACCAAUUUCAAUGCCAAAAUGGAUUUUGUAUCCCAAAUUCAUGGAUAUGUGAUGCGGAAAACGAUUGCGGUGACCUUUCAGAUGAAACGAACUGCAAAUCAUUUGCUUGUACUUCAGAAGAUUUUCAGUGCGAUGAUGGCUCCUGUGUUGCGAUCACGUAUCAGUGUGAUGGAGAUAGGGAUUGUUAUGAUGGCUCUGAUGAAAACAAUUGUGAAAUGUCCCUCAGAAUCUGCCCUGAAGGAGAAUUUAAAUGUGAGGGAGCUGGUAAAAGUUCUGCAGGGUUCGGUGGAAGAUGUAUUCUGAAUAAAUUUAGAUGUGAUGGUGAAAAUGACUGCGGAAAUUGGUCUGAUGAAGAAGGAUGCAUGAAAAAAGUAAACAAUUGUGCAUCUGUUGAAUUCAGAUGUGAUGAUGGAACUUGUAUACCCAAUAGAUGGAAAUGCGACAAAGAACAAGAUUGCGACGGUGGAGAUGAUGAAAAAGAUUGUUUAGAAACAACAGAUAGUUUUCCUAAGAUUUGUACUGAAGAUGAAUAUGCAUGUAAAAAUGGUCGAUGUAUAUUGAAUAUAUGGCUUUGCGAUGGUUUUUCGGAUUGUUCUGCAAACGAAGACGAAACUGACUGCGAAUUAAGUUGUGAUCCCGGACAAUUUCUAUGUUCCUCAAAACAAAAUACGACAAACUUAAAAAUUUGUGUACCGCAAAAGCAUAUUUGUGAUUCACACGAAGACUGUCCUAAUGGAAAUGAUGAAAAAAACUGCCCGACAAUACAAAAUUGCCCGAAAAAUUCUCAAUGCGAACAACUUUGCAUCACUACACACAAGGGAGAGAAGGAAUGUGCUUGUCGGUCAGGAUUUUUACCCCAUCCAAAUAAGAAAAGCUGUGUAGAUAUAGAUGAAUGUCAAUUUGUUAACAAUCCUGUUUGCUCACAAAAAUGUUUUAACACAAACGGCAGUUUUAGAUGUGGCUGUGAAACUGGUUAUAUUUUGCGGCCAGACUUGCGGACAUGUAAAGCUCUUGGGGGUGCUGUUCAAUUAUUAGUAGCAAAUCGUUGGGAUAUCAGAAAAGUAAAACUGGGAAAAUAUCAAUUUUCUUCUUUGGUUAAAGGAUUACACAAUGCUAUUGCUUUGGACUUUCAUUUUGAUAAAGGACUUCUAUUUUGGUCUGACGUAUCGACUGAUGUUAUAAAAGUAAUAAGCUUAAAUGAAAGUGGAGCUAACAGGGAUGUUGUAAAAUGGGGUCUUGAAUCUCCAGUUGGUAUCGCAGUAGAUUGGGUCCACAACUUACUCUUUUGGACUGAUUCUGGUACAAGAAGAGUAGAAGUUUCUGAUUUUGACGGGAAAUUAAGAUCAGUGAUAGCUGCUAAUGAUAUAGACAAACCUAGAGCUAUUGCGGUUCAUCCAGGGGAGGCAUUCGUUUUUUGGACGGAUUGGGGUCCUAACUCAAAAAUUGAACGAGCUUACAUGGACGGUUCAGAUCGAAUACCAAUUAUAAACAAUGGAAUCACUUGGCCAAACGGGUUGACCGUUGACUUCACUGCAAGUAAGAUUUAUUGGGCUGACGCUAAACAUCACGUUAUUGAAUCAUCGAAUUUUUACGGUUUUGAACGUACAAAGGUUUUAAGUAACAACUUGCCUCACCCCUUUGCACUAACUAUGUUUGAAGAUACACUUUUUUGGACUGACUGGAAUACCAAAAGUGUUUCAUCUGUAAAUAAAAUAAAUGGAAAGCAUUUAAGAACUGUUCAUGCUGAUUUUCAUUUCCCAAUGGAUAUUCACGCAUAUCACAAAAGUAGACAACCACAUUUUGAAAAUAGAUGCACUGAAGAUCAAAGAGGAUUUAAGGGCGGUUGUUCACACAUUUGUUUGCCAAACAAAAAUUCUCGUUUAUGCGGCUGCCCUCUAGGUUUAACAUUGAAAGAAGAUAAGAGAACGUGUAAUACAACACCAGAAAAUUUAAUUAUUAUUGCAAGAAAAAAAGAUAUCCGGCUUAAAAAAAUGGAUUUUAAUUCUUCAUCGUACGAAAUCGACAUGAUUAUACCCCUUGAUGGAAUAAAAUCAACAAUUGCUAUUGAUUGGUGUAGUAAAACUGAUUUCAUAUAUUGGGCAGAUGUCGAAAGAGGCUCCAUAAGUACCGCACAUAUUAAUGGAAGUUUCCAAAAAACCGUUAUUUCAACAAAUAUCAUGUCUCCGGUUGGACUAGCUUUAGAUUGGAUUACUAAUAAAUUAUACUGGACCGAUUCAGGAAGUCAGCGUAUUGAGGUCGCGACAAUAGAUGGGAAGUUUAGAUCUAUCCUAAUUUGGAAAAAUUUAACGAAACCCAGGGAUAUUGUGUUAAGUCCAAUACAUGGAUUUAUGUUCUGGUCCGACUGGGGAUCGAGACCGUCAAUUGAGAGAGCUUAUAUGGAUGGAAAAAGUAGGACUAAAAUUGUAUACACGAAUCUAAAAUGGCCAAAUGGCAUUGCAGUAGACGCAGAAUUGCAGAAAAUAUACUUCGUAGACGCUGGUAAAAAUGUACUCGAAUAUGUUAAUUUUGAUGGUUUCCAGAGAAAACUGAUUUUAAGAGAUCUUCCUCAUCCUUUUGGCCUUGAUGUGUACAAAGAUACCGUUUUUUGGACGGACUGGACUGAUCGAAGUGUACUAAUUGCUGACAAACUAUCUGGAAAUAAUAAACGAAUUCUCAUGCAAAACACUACCGAAAUCAUGGAUGUGCAAGUAUUUCAUCGUUCACGACCGUAUAUUCGAAGUGACUGUUCUUCUAAAAGUGCAGGUUGCUCUCACCUUUGUUUGCUUAAUCCAAAUAAUUUUUCAUGUGCAUGUCCAGUUGGCACAAAACUUAAGAAGGAUAUGAAAACGUGUGAAGAAAUCCCAACAACCUUUAUAUUAUUUGCGCAUAGAAUUGAUAUUCGCCAAAUAUCUUUAGACAUGGAUUAUUUAGCCGACGUAGUUUUACCUUUGCCUGGAGUUACAAAUGCCGUUGCCAUAGACUUCGACCUGAUAACUGGUAAAAUUUUUUGGUCAGAUACUUUUGAAAAGAUAAUAAUGACAUCAUACAUGAAUGGCACUGGUAUACGCCCAGUAAUUAAGGGAAGUAUAGACAGCGUGGAUGGGAUAGCUGUUGAUUCCGUGGGAAGAAAGCUAUAUUGGACUGAUGCUGGACGUCAUACAGUAGAAGUUAGCAAUUUGGAUGGAACCUAUAGGGGUAUUAUAGCCUACAGAAAUCUUGAAAGUCCGCGGGGAAUAGUUUUAAAUUAUGAAGAAGGUUUGCUUUUUUGGUCUGAUUGGGGUAAUUAUCCGAAAAUUGAGAGAUCUAACAUGGAUGGUAGUUUCCGUAUCAAAAUAGUGACGGCAAACAUAGGUUGGCCUAACGGUCUUACUUUAGAUUCCCUUGAAAAAAGAGUCUACUGGGCAGAUGCAAAUUUUAAAAGAAUAGAGUCCUGUGACUAUGAUGGAAAUAAAAGAAAAAUUGUACUUUCUUCUUUAGCGCACCCCUAUGCAGUUGCUGUAAUGCUAGACGAUGUUUACUGGACUGAUUGGAAAUCAAAAUCCUUACAAAAGGCGUCUAAAUUAACUUUUUCGCAAUCAAUUAAUUAUACGGAGAAUAUGGAUGGAUUGAUGGAUAUAAAAGUCAUUAAGCGAGAUGUUGUUCUUCCGCCAAAUAUAUGUGAAAGUAAUAAUGGUGGCUGUAGUCAUCUCUGUCUUCGAAACAGCAGAGGCUAUUCGUGUAAAUGUCCAACUGGAUUGAAAAUGAAGCCAAAGGGUCAAUCAGAAUGUGAACCUUUACCAGAGGAUUACUUAUUAAUCGCCUUAAGAUCUGGUAUUGGGAUGAUAUCAUUAGAUUCAGAUGAAUUCUUAGAUACUGUUUUGCCAAUAGCUGGAGUGCAUGGAGCUGUAGUUUUAGAUUUUCAUUACAAUCAUUCAUUUUUGUACAUUGCUGAUGUGAAUUUAGAUGUUAUAAGACGAGUGAAUCUUCUUCACUUAGCUGACACUAAAACGGUCAUAUCAGAAAACAUCCUAACACCGAACGGUAUUGCUGUUGACUGGAUUGCAAACAAUUUCUACUGGUCCGACACAGACAGAAAAGUCAUUGAAGUAGCCCGAUUAGAUGGAAGCAGUCGAAAAAUGAUUGUUAAGAAAUAUUUGAACGAUCCUCGAUCUUUGAUAAUUUAUCCAAAAUUAGGAUAUCUUUUCUGGUCUGAUUGGGGAAACCCUCCAAAAAUAGAAAGGUGUCUUUUAGAUGGAACUAAUAGAACUGCAAUUGUUACCGAAAAUUUAGGUUUUCCAAAUGGAUUAACCAUUGAUUUUACGAAUGAAUUCCUUCUUUGGGUAGACGCUUUACAAGACAGAAUUGAAAUGGCAGAUUUCAACGGAAAAAAAAGAGAAGUAAUUAUACCUGUCGCAACACAUCCAUUCGGCUUAACUUCAUUAGAUUCAGCUAUAUAUUGGACAGACUGGUAUAAUAAAUCGGUCUUUCGAAGUACUAAAAGUGAUGGUCGAUAUCAAAAUAUAAAGGAAAUAAGACAUUCAUUAAGUAGUGCUCUUGAUGUUCGUGCAAUUUCUAAGCGUCGGCAACCUUAUACUUGGAAUCAGUGUGCAAAUAAUAAUGGCGGUUGCAGUCACAUAUGUCUCUAUAAAGGUUCGGACUAUGUGUGCGCGUGCCCCGAUAUUGCCGAUAAGAGAUUGUGUAGCACAGCUCCAAAAUUUUUUGUUCCUGCUCGGUCUACUCCAUAUCUGAAUGACAAGCCUAAAGAAAAUUAUAAGUUGUUUAAUGAAAAAGAAGAAAGCUUAACGCCUUCAAUUUUCAAUGUUAUCUUAUUUUGGAGCAUUAUUUUUACAUUUCUUUUUAUAGUGAUUCUAGUUGUUAUAAUAAUUCUAAUUACAAAUAAUAAAAAAAAAUCAAAUAGAAGAUCGACGGGAAUAUCAAGAUCAUCUGUUUUAACUUUUACAAACCCUAACUAUAACAUAACAGACAGUGGAUCUACAGGUGUUAGAACAACUAUAUGGAAACGGUUAAGAUAUGAUAAGCCACAGGAGAGAAUUUACAAAGACAAAACCAUAACUUCAUCAGCGGCUCUAAUGCCUUCUUCACCUUCCUUUACUUCUCGAUCAUCUAUAAAUAAUUCAGUUUUGCCAACAAUUACAUGAAUCGUGAAGAACGAACUUAGAACUGGUUUUAAUUUUUAUUAACAAAAAAGAUACUUUUAAUAACGCAUUAGACACCUCAGAGUUGUUUGAAAUUGUAUAUUAUAAUUUAUUAACGUUGUAUAACAAAUUAAAAUUAUAUGUAAAUUUGUAUAUGUAAAAAAAUUUAUAAUUAUUUUAUGUUAAUUUGACAAUAUCAACACUAUGUAUAAAAAUAAAAAACUAUGUUUAAAAAUAAAAUAUUUUUAAU